AUGCCAACCCAGGCUCUCCUGCCCAUGCUUCUCCUCUCUGUGCUGCUGCUACAGGCCCAGGGAGGGCACCGUAAACUGAACGGGAUGCAGGGUCUAAAGGCCUGUGAGAAGAAGCCCAGCGUGUAUCUUUGCAGCAAUCACUGUUCAUAUUUUCUAAAGUGUCCAAAACCAAAUACUGUAUGUUGUUCAACCUUCUGUGGGAACGUUUGCAUGAGCCUCCAGUGA